CUUCCGGUGCGCGGGUUCUGUUGACAGUCAGUCACCACCAUAGACAGACUUACCGCUGGAGUUAAGUUGAUGAAUGUGUUUUACCCGUUAUUACCGUCACAUAAGCUUCACUCGUGGAGAGCAGAGACGAUGAGAAAUGGCGGCUCUCGUUAAAGAGGAGAAGGAAGCUGACCUGCAGGCUCAAAUUGAAGAGGUUGAGGCUUUGUCUUCCAUCUACGGCGAUGAAUGGUGUGUGAUAGAUGAAGCAUCCAGAAUAUUUUGCAUCAAAAUAUCCAGUAAUUUGGAGGAGCCAAAACUGACGGCGUGUUUACAGAUAAUUCUACCUUCUGAUUAUCCAAGUGCAGCUCCACCCAUCUACCAGAUCAAUGCAGCAUGGUUGCGAGGUCCUGAGAGGGUCAAAUUGGCAAACAGCCUGGAAGACAUCUAUGUAGAGCAUGCCGGGGAGAGCAUCCUCUACCUUUGGGUGGAAAGAGUCAGAGAGUUUCUUGUGGAGAAGUCCCAGAGCUCAGGAACAGAAGAACAUCCAGAAAAAGAAAACUCCACAGCUGAGGAAGGAGUAGAGGAUGAUGAGGAGGAGGAGAAACUUCCAAAUGUUGUGGCUCUUAAACUGAGCAAUGCACAUCUCUUUAUGGAUCAGGGACACGAUGAGGAAUUGCCUCCAGUGAAACAUGGAAAGCCAGUGACAGACAGACGCAGCACUUUCCAGCCUCAUCUGGCCCCCGUGGUUUCACCCAGACAGGUAAAAAUGGUCUUGGAGAAGCUUUAUACGAAUAAGAAGAUUGCCAGUGCCACUCAUAAUAUCUAUGCAUACAGGAUUUACUGCGAGGACAAGAACAGCUUCCUGCAGGACUGUGAGGACGAUGGCGAGACGGCUGCGGGGGGGAGAUUGCUCCAUCUACUGCAGAUUCUGGAUGUACACAACGUCAUGGUUGUUGUGUCCCGCUGGUAUGGGGGUGUUUUGCUGGGCCCUGACCGCUUCAAGCACAUCAACAACUGCGCUAGGAACAUCCUGGUGGAGGAGGGCUACGUCGGCUCUGUGGAUGAGGCCGCCAAAUCAGGAGCGAAGACCAAAAGACCAAAAAGCAAAAAGACUAAAUGAAAUGAAACAAAUUCAUCAGAGUCAGAGGGACUUUAGUUCUAGUUUGGAUUUACCUUAGACUGAAACAUUAAAACAGAAUCUGGCAUCAA